AUGUUUUCCUCAACACUAGUUUUCUUCGUAUCUGCCAUUUUCAUUCUCACUGCCCAAGCCGUCGCGCGCCCAGACUUUCUCUAUCACUUUUGUAACUACACCACUAAUAGUACCUAUGGGGCAAACUUGAAUGACCUCCUCUUCUCCCUCUCCUCCACCACCGAAAUUGACCAUGGGUUCUUCCAUUCCGCUUACGGCCAAAACUCUAACCCAGUAUUUGCAAUUGGGCUUUGUAGAGGAGAUGUCAACCCAAAUGUUUGCCGUGGUUGCCUCAAUAAUGCUGCGUCUCUUCUCCUGGAGCGCUGUCCCCAGCAAAAGGAGGCAAUUGGGUGGUAUGACGAAUGCAUGCUACGCUACUCAAACCGGUCGAUCUUUUCCACCAUGGAAGAAGAGCCCAGCAAAUUUCUGUGGAAUACGAUGGAUAUAACAGAGCCAGACCGCUUCCGGAAGCUGGUCGAAGCCACGUUGAAUGACUCGGUGCCUCGGGCUGCAAAUGCUUCAUCCGGUGAUAAAAAGUUUGCCGUUAAAGAAGCCAGUUUUACAGAAUUGCAAACUCUGUACAGCCUUGUCCAGUGCACCCCUGACAUAUCCAGCUCUGAUUGCAAUAUGUGUCUUCGGAGAGCCAUGGCAAACCUACCGAUGUGUUGUGAUGGAAAGCAAGGGGGUAGAGUUCUGUAUCCAAGUUGUAAUCUUAGGUACGAAACGUACCAGUUUUACCAGAUACAAUCCGUCCCCACACCGUCACCGUCACCGUCACCGUCACCAACACAAACACCAAUGCUUCUUCCUCCUGCAUCGCAUCUUCCUGCUCCAGCUGCAGGGCAAGUUCGUAGGCCUGAAAUCGGCAUCUUUAUAGUUGUGCUAGCUGCUGCUUUCGCGGCACUAAUUAUAAUCACCACAGGCGUCCGUGUCAGUGUGAAGGCGAUAUUGAAGAACAAUAGAAGUCUCUCUUUGCUUGAUCAGAAAUUCAAUCAGCUUGGGAAGAAGCUCAGUAGCAUGAUAUUUUGUAACUCACGCAAGAAGAAAGAUGGAUCUUUUGUCAGUACUCCCAUUAAUGAAGAAAAAGGGAUCCAAGAGCUUAUAGCUCAACCUCUGCCAAGGAGUGAUGAUGAUGCUGUGAUGCCUUCCUCAUCCACUAGCGAGUUUGAGUAG